AUCCCUUCUGCUCUGAUGAAGCACUUUGUCAAAUGACGUUCAAGCCGACUCACGGUAACAGGCGGUCACUUAGGCUAUUGACUCUGGGCUCACUGAGCGCCAAGGCCACCGGCGCGGCGCCCGCAGUGUCCCACAAGUGUUGGCAGGGCCAGUGCGGGCGCGCUCAGUCGGCGGUUGAGAGCCUGAUAGUGGCGAUAAGGGGGCGGUGGACUGAUCAGAGGACACCAGCAGACGGACGGGGAACAGGUCACAGGACACCGGCAGGACGGACGGUAGGCGAGCCGGAGGACACCUGCAGACAAAAGAUGAAGGCUGGUGGUCUGUUGAGGACGGUGCUGACGGCAGCGAUCCUGCUCGCCGGCUCCGCGUCAGCCGAACAGGAGCCCGUGGUGGCGACCAAAGCCGGCUUUGUUCGCGGUACCACACUCACGUCACUCAUCGGGAAUGAGUUUUUCUCAUUUAAAGGCAUUCCGUACGCGCAGCCGCCGGUAGGAGCCCUACGGUUCCGUCUCCCGGAGCCCCACGAGGGCUGGCCAGGGGUGCGGAACGCCAGCGAGCACGGGAACCGGUGUCCACAAACGGACGUGUUAACCCUCCAGCCGACCGGCGACGAGGAUUGUCUCUUCCUGAACGUAUACACGCCGCGACUGCCCUCCGAGCGUGAGGACGUCCGUCUGCCGGUCAUGGUCUGGGUCCACGGCGGAGGAUUCAUGGUGGGCGACGGCAACGCGGCGCCGAUGACGGGCCCGGAGUUCCUGCUCGACCAGCAGGUGGUGCUGGUCACCCUCAACUACCGUCUCGGGACGUUCGGCUUCUUCACCACCGGAGACGGGGAGGCGCCGGGCAACUACGGCCUCCACGACCAGGUGUUGGCACUGCGCUGGGUGCAGGACAACAUCGCCGCGUUCGGCGGCGACCCGGACAGGGUGACCAUCUUCGGCGAGUCAGCCGGCGGAGCCAGUAUUGGUCUGCUGGUACUGAGCCCGCUGGCGCAGGGCCUGUUCGCCCGGGCCAUAAGUCAGUCCGGUGCGGCGUCUUGCAACUUCGCGGCCAACGGCGCGCCGCAGGGCCGGCUGGCCAGGCAGCACGCUGAGCUGCUCGGCUGUCCGUCCGACAGCUCAGAGGCCAUCGUCGACUGUCUGAGACAAAAGUCGACCGAGGAGAUAAUGGAAACGGUUGCGCAACUCGACGGUACCAAGGUUCUCAUGCUUCUGGCCAUCCCGUACAAACCUCGCGUGGACACCGAGGCCGAGAUUCCUUUUCUGCCCGAGGACCCGUACCUGGCCCUGCAGAGCGGACGCUUCAACCGGGUACCCUGGAUGAACGGUAUGACGGAGAAUGAGGGUGCUGGAAACACCGCCAUGAUCCUCGCUAGGAUGCCGGACACGUUUGCCACUCAGGAUUGGAAUGUCUGGGGCAGAGCCCUUAUGGACUUGCGGGAUGUGACUGAUGACCCAGCGACGAUCGCCGAGAAGAUCUACCGUUUCUACCUCGGUGAAGAACUUGUGACCAAGGAGAACAUCAACCGGGUGGUAGAUAUAGUAAGCGAUCGCACUUUCACCAGCUGCAUAUCGAGCGAGAUCGAGCUGGCGUCCUCCCACACUCCCGUCUACAAAUACAUCCUGAAUCACCGCGGGCCGGGACGCCAGAGUCUUCUGGAUAUGCUCGGCAUCACUCUCGACAUGGCUCCGGAUCAGCUGCCCGACCUGGGCGUGUCACACGCGGAUGACCUCGCCUACCUGUUCCGCGGGUCCGGAAGCGCACCAGUGGAGCUCGGCUCGGUGCGCCACACGAUGGUUCGCUUCAUGGUCUCGGUUUGGACCAGUUUCGCGCGGGACGGCUACCCCAGCUCGGACGUGGUCCCGAUGCCGAGCUGGCCAACGUACUCUGCUGAGCAGCAGCAGCACAUGUGGCUUAGCAGCGAGCCCAGCGUGGGCCGAGCCGUGUUCAGCGAGCGAGUCGACUUCUGGAACACACUCGACAUCAAGGAGAACUGGCGCGGACCUAUGGAGCAGCAGCAGAGGGAUGAGCUGUAGAUGGCUAGCGCGGACUGUGUGCAUGACUGAAGCGGAGAUCGUAAAAUACACGUUUCCCCUCCUCCGCCGAGGGGGGCAUUGUGCUCA